CGGUAUUUACACCAAGAAUGUUUGACGAUCCCAAAGUAAAUAGCUCUAGGGCCAAUUUCGGGUCCCGAUCUCACGUCUGAGAAAAGCAUUGUAAAAAAAGAAAACCAAAGUGGAAUUGAUGACGUCAUGCAAGAGCGACGGAAAGAACGGUGCACUUCUGUUGGCAAAUCGAGAGGCUGACGGUGUCGCGCUGUCGAGUUCUUGAGAAGAUCAAAAAGGAAACUUGAAUUUCCCAUAACAGAUGUGCAAUAUGGAGGAAAGAAAACCAGUUGCUACAGAGCCUAAUAAGAUGAAAUCUGAAUGCAAGGAACCCGGCGCAGAUGAGAUACAGAAACACAAGGACGCGGCAAAUCCUUCAAUAAGCAAAGACAACCUCAUCAUGAAUAACACGGCGAAAGGAAAUGUGUGUGUUAAAGAAGAGGAUUGUGAAUGGGAGAAAGUAUAUCAUCAGCAGGCGUGGCCUGGCAUUAAAAAGGAGGAUUGUGAUUGGGAAUCAGUAGACAUUAAAGAUACAUUUGAACCAAAAUUUGACUUGCAGAAAGUCGAGGCUAUAAAGAUAAUUAAAGAAGAAGAUGUUAAGCCAGAGUCGUCUUUUCAUUAUGUGUGUCCAGAUGAAGAGCAAACGGGACUAGGAUACUGUUCGUCAAAACUGAAUCCUUCUAUCCACGUAAUGUCUGAAUUUAUGAAAUCUGAAAUUAAGCCCUUUAAGCAAGCAUCCAGUUCAGAUCAUACUGUAGAAGAUUUACAGCAGACUGGCUGUCUCUCUCUGCCGCCAUUUUCUCAGACCGCUCUACAGCUUGGACCACAGCAUAAUGAAAAUAUGAAGAUUGUGACCCCUGGGUCACAUAUUUUGAUACCAGCCACUUUGCCAGAUAGUAUCAAACCUGAUAGAGAACUAACAACACUUGUAACGGACAAUAACAUUCAACACCAACUGCAAAGUUCAAAUUCAGACACUUUGCAAGUCUGCCAGGAUCUGAGAAAAACUGUUAAAUGCAAAUCUAAAUACAAACAUGAUCAGUGGAAUUAUAUAAAGCAGAAACCAUUUUCCUGUUCUGAAUGUGGAAAGCAAUUCCCCUACAGCAGCAGUCUUCAGAGGCACAUAAUAAUUCACACUGGAGAAAAACCAUAUUGUUGCCUUGAAUGUGGCAAACGAUUCUCACAAAUGGAAACCCUUCAGAACCACACAAGAAUUCACACAGGAGAGAAGCCGUACUGCUGUUCUGACUGUGGCAAGCAAUUCUCUACAAGGAGUGGUUUUCAGAAACACAGAAAAAUUCACACUGGAGAGAAGCCAUAUUCCUGUUCUGAAUGUGAUAAGAGAUUUUCACAAAUGUGCACUCUUCAGACCCACACAAGAAUUCACACGGGAGAAAAGCCGUAUUGUUGCUCUGACUGUGGCAAACGAUUCUCCACCAGUAGCAGCUUACAAGAACAUAAAAAAAUUCAUACUGGAGAGAAGCCACAUUGCUGCUCUGAAUGUGGAAAGCGAUUUACCACCAGUGGCCAUCUUCAAAUCCACACACGAACUCACACUGGGGAGAAGCCAUUUUCCUGUUCUGACUGUGGGAAGCGAUUUUCUAGAAAUAGUGGUCUUCAGAUACACAAAAGAAUUCACACUGGAGAAAAGCCAUAUUGCUGUACUGAAUGUGGCAAAAGAUUUUUUGACAGUAGCCAUCUUCAAAGCCACUCAAAAAUCCACACAGGAGAGAAACCAUAUUGCUGUUCAGAAUGUGGUAAACGGUUUUCUUACAGUAGCAGUUUUCAGAAUCACAGAAAAAUCCACACUGGAGAAAAGCCAUACUGUUGUUCUGAGUGUGGCAAACGAUUCUCACAAAUAGGCCAUCUUCAGACUCACAACAGAAUUCACACUGGAGAGAAACCAUAUGGCUGUUCUGACUGUGGCAAACGAUUCUCACAAAUGGGGUGUCUUCAGAGUCACACAAGGAUUCACAAUGGAGAGAAACCAUAUUGCUGCUCUGAAUGUGGCAAACGAUUCUCCAACAGUAGCAGUUUUCAGAAACACACAAGAGUUCACACUGGAGAGAAGCCAUAUUGCUGCCUUGACUGUGGCAAACGAUUCUCACAAAUGGGGACUCUUCAGAGCCACACGAGAGUUCACACAGGAGAGAAGCCAUAUUGCUGUUCUGAAUGUGGUAAACGGUUCUCCAACAAUAGCAGUUUUCAGCAUCACAGAAAAUUUCAUACUAGAGAGAAAUCCAGAGAGAGUACGUUGAAAGGCAAAGAAAAGAGAAAGAAGUCCAAAGGUGUGUGUAGUACAAACAUAUCUAAUUACUCCGGUCUCGAUGAGUACCUUCAAGUAAUGGCCUUUGUUGUAUAAGAUCUAUGCCAAAUUGUAUAAGGAGAAACUCAUUUCAUACUGGAUCUGAUCAUACUGGCCCUAUGUCUCCCAUGACAAAAAGGUACCAACCUCCGGACACUGCAUUAAGUGAGAUGAUAAAUAUCUUAAUAUAAAGACACAGCCUCCAGUGUGGUGUCAGUCCAGAUAAACUGCUGGACUCACCGAAGUGGAAGAGACGACCACAAAAAAUAAGAGGACUAGAACAGUCCAGUGCUCAAUUGAGGAUACAGAGGAGGUCAUGUUCCAUUUCUUUUAUGAAACAAACCCUGUGUCUCUUUUUGAAGAUAUGGUAAGUUGGGUGGUAUAGAAUCUGGAAUCUGCAAAAGCAAUCUUGACAUUCACCUUAAUUGAAAUAACUAAUACAAAUUUCAGAGUUGUAAUCAAAGCUAUUCAAAAUAAAAAUCAAUAAUAUUGGCAGAAAUAAAAUUAUCUUCUAAAAUUACCUUGAAAGAACAGCAAAAGGAAAAAAAAAAUCCCAAAGCUAUGAAAAAAAGAGGGGGAAAGGCUUGGGAUGAAAAGAAGGGGGGAGAACUUAGAUAGUGAAGCGUUUUCACCAAUAUCAGAGAAGAAACAGAAAUGUCUGAAAACAAAUUCAGUGCCCAAAACCCAAAUAUGAAUGGACAUUCUCAAAACUGAGUAUAAUUCAGAAAUGGAAUGGCAUUAAAAACUCACCAACUUUUAUAAUGAUAUUUACAAGGAUCCUAUACUAACAAGAUAUAAUCUGUUUUUGAAAACAUGUCUCUCUGUUUUCUGAUAGCAAAAGCCUAGAAUCUGUUCUUUUCAAAGAGAAACAAAUAAUAAUGCUUUCCAAGCAUAUCUCAAAUAUGCUGAAUGUACAGGUAAGACAGACAGAGCUAGUGUAAUUCAGACAUCUGGUGGACAUUUGCACAAAGCUGAUAAUAAUAAUAAUUAUAAUAAUAAUAAUUCUUUGCAUUUAUAUAGUGCUUUUCUCACUACUCAAAGCGCUCAGCAAUUGCAGGUUAAGGGCCUUGCUCAUGGGCCCAACAGAGCAGAGUCCAUAUUAGCAUUUACGGGAUUCGAACCGGCAACCUUCCGAUUGCCAG